AUUAGUCUGCGCUGCUCCCGUGUAGCGGUGGUUGGUGUCGGUACAACAGGUAUCCUAACCCCACAGCUGACAGAUUUGAACAAUUUAUAACUCUCUUAUUAGAGCGACGAUUUUAAUUUGCAGAUUCGUGUUUUACAGGCCAAAAUAUACGAUCCUGUGAGUUUUCAUCAAUAACGCAAAAAUGUUUGUGCUAGCGGAAUUGAAAGAUACUGUUAGAAUAUCACCAAGCAGCUUUAAGCAUAAGUUAAACGACGUUGUUGCUGACGAGUUAAACAGAAAGCUCGCCAAUAAGGUAUACAAGGACGUAGGCUUGUGCAUCACGUUACACGAUAUUACAAAGAUCGAAGAGUCCUACAUUUUUCCAGGAGACGGAGCUUCUCACACGAAAGCAACAUUUCGAUUUAUUGUGUUCCGUCCAUGGAUGGAAGAGAUAUUAACAGGGAAGAUUCGUAGCUGUAGUCCCGAGGGUGUACAUGUCACACUAGGAUUUUUCGAAGAUGUAGUCAUACCACCUCAUAAGUUACAACAUCCAUCACGUUUUGACCAAAUGGAGCAGGCAUGGGUUUGGAUAUAUAAGACUGAAGAUGGACAGACGCAUGAUCUAUUUAUGGAUGCAGGGGAAGUUAUACGAUUCAGGGUAGUGAAGGAAAUCUUUACGGAAACACCUUUGCCAUCAGCACUUAAUGCACCUCGUGACAUGAGUGAGAAGCCAGAAGCUAAUAACGUUGCGCCAUAUGUCUUAUAUGGAUCGAUUGACGAACCUGGUUUGGGUUUACUUACCUGGUGGGAAAACACAUAAUUUAUCAUGUAUAUGUUGAUCUUGAACAAACUAAGUGUAUGAUUAAAGUACAAAAACUUCUGGUCAAUAAAUUUUUAUUUCACAGCA